GUUUUCACCAAAAACUUUUCUGAUACUGCCCUUCAUGUUUACUGGACGGGUGCACUAAGGAUUGCCAGCUGCAAUUCCUGCUGCAAACGUUGGUACUUUACUUUCAAUGGCUCUGAGUGUUCUGCUCCUCUGCCCAUUGACGGAGUUGUCUACAUGGCGACAGGCGGUAAUAAAAAUCUCCUUCGCGUCCGCCAUAUUUAGGGGCACUGUAAUAACAUCCAUAAAGGAAAGGUGCGCGUGGGAUUCUGGAUCGGCAACUGCGCUUCAUAUGGAAAUGCUGAUGGCCACACAGGAUGGAAUUCAGUGUCCCGUAUAUUUGUUGAAGAAGUUCCUAAAGCUCAAGCUUAA